AUGUCAACGUCAAAUGAAGGUCCAGUUGGAUAUACCCCCCCAGAUGGAGGCUGGGGGUGGGCAGUGGUUGUUGGUGCUUUCAUUUCUAUCGGCUUCUCWUGUGCAUUUGCCAAAUCUAUUUCUGUAUUUUACAAAGAAAUUGAAGGUCUAUUUGAUGCCAGCACCAGUGAAGUGUCGUGGAUCUCCUCCAUCAUGUUUGCUGUCAUGUAUGGRGGCGGUCCCAUCAGCAGUAUCCUGGUGAAUAAGUACGGCAGUCGUCCCGUCAUGAUGGCUGGUGGCUGCUUGUCUGGCUGUGGCUUGGUUGCGGCUUCUUUCUGUAACACGGUUCAGGAGCUUUACUUGUGUAUUGGAGUUGUUGGAGGUCUUGGAUUUGCUUUCAACCUGAAUCCAGCUCUGACCAUGAUUGGCACGUAUUUCUAUAAGAAGCGACCCUUGGCCAACGGACUCACCAUGGCUGGCAGCCCUGUGCUCCUCGCAGUCCUGGCCUCCCUCAAUCAGACUCUCUUUGAUAGCUUUGGUUGUAAAGGAAGCUUCCUGAUUCUUGGGGGCCUCCUGCUAAACUGCUGUGUGGCUGGAGCCCUGAUGCGACCCCUAGGGCCCAAGCCAACACAGGCAGAGACAGUGGAGUGUAAAGAAUCCCUUCCAGAAGCUGGAAAAUCUAAUGCCAACAAGGUUGCAGGUGAUGCCAAUGGAAAAUGUAAUGGUGGGAACGAUAAAGAGGAGAAAAGAUCCGUCUUCCCAGGAGUUAACCAAUUCCUGAACCUGUCCCUCUUCACCCACAGAGGCUUCGUUCUGUACCUCUCUGSAAACGUGAUGAUGGUCUUUGGACUGGCUGCCCCGUUAGUCUUUCUUAGUAGUUACGCCAAGAGUCGACACUCUGCUAGUGAGAAGCCUGCCUUCCUUCUCUCCAUUUUGUCUUUGGUCGAUAUCAUAGCCAGACCUUCCAUGGGACUGMUAGCCAACACCAAGUGGAUAAGACCACGAAUCCAGUAUUUCUUUGCUGCUKCGAUUUUUGCAAAUGGAGUGUGUCAUAUGGUACUGCCUUUUUCUACCAGCUACGUUGGGUUCUGUGUCUAUGCGGGAUGCUUAGGAUUUGCCUUUGGGUGGCUCAGCUCUGUCUUGUUUGAAACACUGAUGGACCUCGUGGGACCGCAGAAGUUCUCCAGYGCCAUGGGAUUGGUGACCAUUGUGGAAUGCUGUCCUGUCCUCCUGGGGCCACCACUGUUAGGUCGUCUCAAUGACAUAUACGGAGACUACAAAUACACCUACUGGUCAUGUGGUGUGAUCCUGAUGAUUGCCAGUGUCUUUCUYUUCAUUGGUAUGGGCAUCAAUUAUCGACUUGUGGCCAAAGAAGAGAAAGCAGAGGAGAAUCAGAAAAAGCAAGAUCCAGAGGGGGAGGCCAAAGGAGUCCCUACAGAAUAA